UUGCUAGCUUUUAUAUGUACUACAAUUUCUAUCAGUUGUUGCAUUAGUUCCUUAACGUGCAUCUUUUGUAUUUCUUCAAGGAAAUUGGAUAAGAACUUGCAGAAAGAAUUCCACAGACGUUUAAAGAUCAUAGGGAUCAUACCCAGCACCACCAACUUCUUACAUGAGUACAUGGCUAACAGAGACAUGUGCCUGUCAGAUUCAGCCAGUUCGCCUCCUCCUACUGAUCGAUCUCCCACUGAAUCCAUCCAAUCAACAUUGAUUAAUGAUGAAGGGAUUCCCGUCGACAUUGCAGUUGAAAUUUUUAGACAAAGAGGACAUCCACUUGUCAGUGCUGAGGAUAUCCGCAACAGUGGAAAAAAUCACAAAGACUUCAUUUGGAUUCCGUAUCCAUAUACUCGUAGUGAGAAGCUAUUGUGGAUUGAAGUUCCUAGCAGGGGUUUCUUCGCUUCUGAAAGUGAACAACUAUGUGAAAUUGAACAAGACCUUGCUGAUCAACGUCCUGAAGAUUUAUUAUUCCUUGAUGGUGAAGCUGACAAUCCCUAUAGAUGUUUACCUCCUAAAGAGUUCGGGGAUCCCCUUGUUUUCUCUGAAGAGAUGGAUAAUAUACUGUAUUCUGAUUUGAAAUAUACGGAAGUUGCGCAUGUUUCUGAUUUUGUAGAGGCUUAG